AUGCUAGUUACCAGGCAUAUUGAUACCGAAUCGAGCCACUGGUCCUUCAACAAGUUUGAGACCACCUCUCAGAAGCCAUCUCGCAGCUCCUCACGCAUGUCUAACCACCUCGACGCACCAUUGUCGACGCAACCUGACUGGCAGGGACAGUAUUCGUACUUGGCUCCCGAAAGCAGCAUCUUCUCCCAACCGUACGAAGCCAGAAAUGAGAGCGCGGGUGCUUCGCAGCCGCGAUCUACCGCUGGUGGGCCUGGCCAGCUGGACGUCUCUGUGAAGCUGGAUGCAAGCUCACCCGAAGCCCAUCAGAAGAGUCCGGAGGCCCUAUCACCAGUCAUCAAGCAACGAUCUCCCUCCGUGGAGCAGCCGGGACAACACCAUCUCGAGGCCUCGACACCAAAAGCAGCAACGGCUCCAGCACAUGAGCCACACUCGAUGGCUCAGGACACCUCCAGCUUUCCAAUGGCAUCGGCGCAAGCAGCUUCUGCGGUCCAAACGGACCAAGAGCCAGGGAGCUCGUCGGUCCCGAUCGCCAGCGAGGAAGAGACUGUCCUCCUGAAGGAAGAGGAUGAUGAUGUCUUCGACGAUGAUGACAUGGAUGGCGACGAGAAUCCGUCAGGUCAGCCACAGACCGCAGCAGAGAGGACCGCCCAACGGAGGAAGAUGAAGCGUUUCCGUCUUACCCACCAGCAGACUCGUUUUCUGAUGAGCGAGUUCGCAAAGCAGCCACAUCCUGACGCAGCCCACAGGGAACGCUUGUCCCGAGAAAUCCCUGGUCUGAGCCCACGGCAGGUCCAGGUUUGGUUCCAGAACCGCCGUGCCAAGAUCAAGCGACUUACGGCAGAUGAUCGUGACCGCAUGAUCAAAAUGCGAGCUGUGCCUGACGACUUUGACAACGUGCAGGCUCUUCACUCACCAUACGGCGCGGUCCAUGCGCUCGGGGCCCCGAUGGCUUCACCUGUUGAGUUCGGCUCCUCUGCAUACAGCGACCACAUGAUGAGACCUUUGAUGGUGGACGUGCGACGAAGCGAGGCAGAGGACCACAUGUCGCCAACCGGUCUGAGCCCAGCUUUUGGAAACAUCGGUUUCAGCGCCUCGGCUUCAUUAAGCAACUCUGAUAUACUAUCCCCCAUGUCCCCUACGACCAACGAUCACCGAUACGGAUACAGCAGUCACCUCUCGCCCACGAGUGCCGGGCACAGACCAACAAAUGCCUUUGGUCGACAAACCAGCCUCGACCAGUCCAUGAUGCAUGGCCGGCAACACGCUCGUCCACUUCAACCGCUCCAUCUUCGCGAGACGCUGUCAAGGUCACGGUCCGACAACCUGCAGUCACCUCUCCGAUCCGGUAUGUCAUGGAAAGGAGACUCGAUAGAUUAUACUACCUACGCCGGUGGCAGUACUAGCCCACAGAUGAGCGGUCGUCAACAAUCAGUCUACCAGCCGGAACAACUGAGUAGCGGCACCUCAGGCCCCAGCGGCAUCGGCUACGACUCGGCCUCGUAUUCCACCCACGCUUCUCAGUCUCCGCCAAACAUCAACUACUCCAGUUACCAACCCUCCAGCUUGCAGUCCACUCAGAACAGACUGCGAAACAGAGCCUCCUCGGCGACAUUCCCCCUGGGGCUCGAUCUUCGCAACCAGUAUAGAUCCUCCUCGCUCCACUCUGCCAGCAGCCGCGACCUCUCCUCCGCCACAUCGCACUUCAGCGGCACCUCUGCACCGAGCUACACAGCCAGCUACCCCUCCGCACCCCUGACUGCACCCAUGGACUUUGCACUUCCCCGCACUCCCGGCAGCGCAAGCACCGGCCCCCGAUCGGGUGUCCACGACUACUCGAUGCCUCAGAUGAGCGCACCCAUCGCGCCUCCACAUGAUUUUGCCCAGGCAUUCCAAGGCGCCAGCGUCAGGACCCCAAUGCGAGACACUUUCACUGGUGGUCACCAGGCGACCGAGCACCGCAGCGAUUACGGCACAGAUUUCGGAUCUGGAUCGGCCUUGAAGAGGAAGCGAAGCUUCACCAUGCCUGGAGGCGGGCCAGCUUCUCGGCCCGGAGCAUACGGCAACUCGACCUGA